GGGAUCAGCAUUCAUGGACUUGAACCCUACGCAACUUACAGCAUCGUCGUGGAGGGACGCCAUAAUGGAGCGGCUGUUUUUAACUUAGAGCGUACCUUUAGAACGUGGCCGACUGCUCCUAUUAGUGUGAGUCCACCCACCGGAAGAGCCAAAUCAACAAGCGAAAUUGAACUUCAUUGGUUUGCUCCAACUCAGCUCAAUGGAAUACUCAAACCUUACCUUGUGGUUUGUUUCGAUCUUGCAAAUCCCAGCUUUCAACAAAGCACCAUAACCAAGGACAAUGCAAGCACUUCGGUUAUUGUCGGAAAUCUGCGCCCAGGCAUAGAAUAUCGGUGCAGUGUAGUCACUAGAAAGCACCCAGGACUUGGACAGGAUUCCAAACAAUGCAGUAGGGCGUCUGACUUCUCAGCUCCCAUUCGGACCAUGGCUUUGGCUCCUUCUCGAGUCUCGCGUCCAAGAGGAAUGGCCACAUCGCCAACAGAAAUCCAACUGACUUGGUCUAAGCCAAAGCACCCCAAUGGUAUCCUCAAACCCUAUCGGGUUGUCUGUCGCGAUGUCGCACAAUUCUACGCUCCAUCAAUGGCCAUUACUAAAGACAAUGAGACAACAUCCGUUAUAGUCAAAAAUCUGCAUCCGGAUACAACGUAUCAGUGCCUCGUGGUAGCCAGCACAAUCGCAGCCGUUGGACAGGAUCCUUUGGAAUGUGAAAGACUUUCAAAUCCAUCCAACCUUAUUCGCACCAAAUCGCAAAGUGCGUUGCUUGCCUCUGGAAAUUAA